GAGGAGGGACCUCGGCAGGCGGGAGGGGUGGAAGGGGAGGCAGACCCAGCCCAGAGCUCCAAGCGGUUUCCUGUUGCCGGGCUCUAAACCCCUCCACAUUCCUGCAGACCUUCAGACUGCCAGAGCGACUCAGCCGCCGCCUUCCUGCCACUGAGGGCUCCCAGCACCAUGAAGGCCUGGAUCUUCUUUCUCCUCUGCCUGGCCGGGAGGGCCCUGGCAGCCCCUCAGCAGCAGGAAGCCCUGCCUGAUGAGACAGAGGUGGUGGAGGAAACCGUGGCUGAGGUGUCCGAGGUACCUGUGGGAGCCAACCCCGUCCAGGUGGAAGUAGGAGAAUUUGAGGAAGGUGCCGAGGAAGCCGAAGAGGAGGUGGUGGCUGAGAACCCCUGCCAGAACCACCACUGCAAACACGGCAAGGUGUGCGAGCUGGAUGAGAACAACACCCCCAUGUGCGUGUGCCAGGACCCCACCAGCUGCCCUGCCCCCAUCGGCGAGUUCGAGAAGGUGUGCAGCAAUGACAACAAGACCUUCGACUCUUCCUGCCACUUCUUUGCCACCAAGUGCACCCUGGAGGGCACCAAGAAGGGCCACAAACUCCACCUGGACUACAUCGGACCCUGCAAAUACAUCCCCCCCUGCCUGGACUCCGAGCUGUCUGAGUUCCCCCUGCGCAUGCGGGACUGGCUCAAGAACGUCCUGGUCACUCUGUACGAGAGGGACGAGGACAACAACCUGCUGACCGAGAAGCAGAAGCUGCGGGUGAAGAAGAUCCACGAGAAUGAGAAGCGCCUGGAGGCUGGAGACCACCCCGUGGAGCUGCUGGCCCGGGACUUCGAGAAGAACUACAACAUGUACAUCUUCCCCGUGCACUGGCAGUUCGGCCAGCUGGACCAGCACCCCAUCGACGGGUACCUGUCCCACACCGAGCUGGCCCCACUGCGUGCACCCCUCAUCCCCAUGGAGCACUGCACCACCCGCUUUUUCGAGACCUGUGACCUGGACAACGACAAGUACAUCGCUCUGGACGAGUGGGCCGGCUGCUUCGGCAUCAAGGAGAAGGAUAUUGACAAGGAUCUCGUGAUCUAAAUCCACGCCUCCGUCCACAGUACCGGAUGCUCUCUCUUUAACCUUCCCCUUCCCGUCUACCCCAAUGUUUAAAAUGUUUGGAUGGUUUGUUGUUCUGCCUGGGGACAAGGUGCUAACGUAGAUUUAAAUGAACACAUUAACGGUGCUAAAAAUGGAAAUUGUAGCAGCCCAAGUCAUGACAUUCUUCUUAGCUGGAACUCUGCCUCUUGCUCACCCACUAACAGUCCCAGUUCUCUCUGGCCGUCGGAAGCCCAGCCCGCUGUCUCUGUGGCAAAUGGCUGGGAACUUCGGUCUGCUCGCAUCUGCCUUGAACACGCACCGCAUCUUCAGAUUUGCUCUCGAUUCCUCUGUUUCAAACUAACGCUCACUAAGUCAAACUUCUGCGUUACCUUCAUUUCAGGGUGUUGGCUGUGGGGGUGGGGCCGGGGGUUCUUCCCCGCGUAGCCUGAAGGUGGGUGAAAGGAAGUAAGAGACGACGUUUCUGGGACUAGAGGCCUGGUGGUGGGGGAGAUCCCAGGAGAACCACCAGCCGGAGCGGCUGGCUGCUGACCAGUCGUCUCUGCGGGGCCUGGACUGGAAGAGCCCGAGGUUAGGAAGCACGGACGCUCUCGUUUAAACCCGGUUCCUCACCAUUUCCCGCGUCAUCUCUCGGUGCCUUUAUUUCACCUUAGGCAGUUUGUUCAGAUUUUGGGAGCCGUGGACCACCAACCAGUUCUCUGGAGCCCACCGAGCCUGGUGGGCUUCUCCCCUCCGAACUGUCUGGGAGAGGCGGGCUGGGGGCUGUUUCAGCCAGGAUCAAGGGUGAGGUGGAGAAAGUUGCAAAAGAGAAAAAGUGGAGUUAGCGGAUUGGUUUUGUUUUCGGAGGGAUUUUUUUUUUCUUUUCGUUUUUGGAUGGCUGUCAUGAGGGGCCUUUCCCUCGAUUUCUAGCAUGUUCCUCCUUUUCCCCCCCUCUUUUCUUUUUUUUUCCAUUAAUCAAGAGAAACUUCGAAGUCAAUGGGAUGGUCAGAUCUCACAGGCUGAGAACUCCUUCACCUCCAAGCAUUUCAUGAAAAAGCUGCUUCUCAUUAAUCAUGCAGGCUCUCACCAUGUUGUGGCGAGUUUGACAAAUCUUUCAAAAUAAAAGUAAUGACUUAGAAACGGC